AUGAGAGUCGACUAUUUACAGGCCGCAACGGUCAGCUCCAUCGGGUGCGAUGCCGUAAUCAACAAAGCCAGCUACCCUGACCACACCUGUCUGACCACACCGGUCUCACCACACCGGUCUCACGACACAGCUCUGAGCCCAUCAGUCUCACCACACAGCUCUGACCACUCCAGUCUCACCACACCGGUCUCACCACACCAGUCUCACCACACCAGUCUCACCACACCGGUCUCACCACACCGGUCUCACGACACAGCUCUGACCACACCAGUCUCACCACACAGCUCUGAGCCCAUCAGUCUCACCACACAGCUCUUAUCACAAUGGUCUCACCACACAGCACUGAUCACACCAGUCUCACCACACCAGUCUCACCACACCGGUCUCACCACACCGGUCUCACGACACAGCUCUGACCACACCAGUCUCAUCACACAGCUCUGA